CUCUUCCAUUUUGAAAAUGCCACUUCUCUCUCUCUCUCUCUCUCUCUCUCUCUCUCUCUGUUUCUCUCAACCACUCUGGAUCUUGUCUUCGCUAUUGAACCACCUGUCGAUCCGUUCGCAUCACAUGGUGCAAUCUUGAACUCUCCAGCAUCACCCAGAUACGCUUCUUGAAUCUCCCACGCUUUUCCCUGACGCUGAUAUAUGAAGCGUUGCGCGGGGGCAAUGUUUCUGCAUUCAUUCAAGUUCGUUGCUUUCUGAGAUUUGGUCCGUGCCCAUCUGAUAUUUCGGCCGGUUUUCUUGUUGGGUUGUGAUUAGAUGGUUAUGCGAGGCUUUAGGAUAUGCAUAUAGCUCUGGGUUGUGGGGGGAUCUUGUGGAUUCGUUAUUAGGAUGUGAAAUAUCGAUUUCCGAUUACGUUUCUACUUCGAUUUGGCGAUGAUUUUGUGCCUUGAAUGGACACAAGCACUGUUGCAAUGUUGGACUGAUGGUCUUUGAUGGAAUGGAACUUACUGGAUCGAUCGAUGCUUUUGGGUCCUAUGAGGAGAUGUGAUUUAUGGCGUGCUGGUAUACAAACGGUCUUUUCUAUGGCGAGAGUGUCCAUUGAAUCUUGGUUCCAUGGCUUUGUAAGAUAAUGCAUACUUUCAACAGAAGUGUGUCGUUGAACCGCAGGGCCUUGAGUGUCGGAAGCCCAAGACUUGGCCGAUCCACCGUGGUUUCGCGCCACCUUCACGUGCCUAUUGUGAUAGGAUUUCUGUUUACUUUUCUGCUGGCCAUUUCUGCCAGCUAUAUAUUCGUGGUUCCUAGUCUAAAGCAUACCUUCAAUGGUGACACUAUUUCCCAGAGUAAUGAGUCGACGAGUGUUUGUGAUGUUUCUGAUGGGAGUUGGGUUCGGGAUGAUAGCCAUCCAUUAUACAAUGCUUCGGAAUGUCCUUUUGCUGAGCAAGGAUUCAAUUGCUUGGGUAAUGGUAGGACAGAUGAAGAAUAUCUUAAGUGGAGGUGGAAGCCCAAGAACUGCGUCGUUCCGAAAUUUGAUGUGCGUACCAUACUUGAGUGGCUGAGAAACAGAAGGCUUGUCUUUGUUGGUGAUUCAAUGAGCAGGUCGCAGUGGGAGUCGUUGAUAUGUUUGCUCAUGACUGGAGUGGAGGAUAAGAAGAGUGUGUAUGAAGUAAAUGGGAGUAUGAUCACAAAGCGGAUCAGAUUCUUAGGUGUUCGCUUUAGCUCCUUCAACUUCACCAUUGAAUUCUUUCGGUCUGUUUUCCUAGUGCAACAUGGUUGGACGCCUAGGCAUGCACCACGAAGGGUCAGGUCAACGCUUAAAUUGGACAAACUUGAUGAUAUUAGUAUUCAUUGGGUUGAUUCGGAUGUUCUAAUUUUCAACACAGGGCAGUGGUGGGUGCCGGGGAAGCUCUUCGAAACGGGUUGUUAUUUCCAGGUCAGAAGUUCAUUAAAGCUUGGAUUGUCAAUUCCUGGUGCUUUCAGAGUAGCACUUGAGACUUGGGCAUCGUGGGUCGAGAGAGCAAUUGACAGAAAACGAACAAGUGUCUUUUUCAGGACUUUUGAACCAUCUCAUUGGAGUAUCAGUGACCAAAGAAUUAGAUCUUGCAACAUGACUCGGUACCCCCUGCCGGAAGAUAGCAAGAGAGACCCACAUGUAUUCGCAGACAUUGCAGAGGAGGUGGUGAAGAACAUGAGCUUUCCUAUUACCCUUUUGCGCAUUACAUCGCUGUCAGCUUUCCGAAUUGAUGCACACGUGGGCAAUUGGAGCGAUAAUCCAUCUGUGGCCGACUGCAGCCACUGGUGUCUUCCUGGAUUACCUGAUAUGUGGAAUGAAAUUCUCCUUUAUUACCUUCUUACUAACCAUGAAUCGCCUCCGUAGAGAAUGGCACCAGGGGAUUGAAGAAGAGAAUAUAUAGCUCCGCAGUGUACGAGAGCAAUUGCUACAUCCUCCAACCCCUAGAGAGCCAGAAUGAUCAAGUUUUAUUGAUCUGUCUACAUUGAUCUCUCCUUUCUGAUUGUUUUGGCACAAUGCCCGAUACUUUUGGCAAGUCUCCGAGUAAAUCCAGAUUCCUUGGAGAAUGACAGAGCUACUAACUAAGAACAGUUACGCGACACGAAGUGAUUUUUUUUCAUUCUUUCUGCAAUUCUUUAGUUUUUUUCAGAGGUCAAAUUUUGUUUCUCAGAUGCAACAAUCAUUUCCACUGUCUGUACACUCUGUAUUUUACCAACAGCUACACAAUUUUGUUUCCAACAAAGAGGAAAAGGAAAGAAGUGGUAAAAAGGUUCAAACAGCUUGA